AAACCGGUUUAUCCUGUUGUCGACGCCGACGGUCGACCGUUACCAACUGAUGAAACAGGGGUUGUUGUUGGACCUGACGGUGAACCUAUUCCAACGGACAGUGCUGGUCGGCCAGUUGAUGCUGAUGGAUCACCAUUGCCUACAGAUGCUUAUGGUAGAGUUAUUUCUGUUGGAGGCACAGAUACUAUGAAAACGUUACCAACUUAUGAAACAGGGGUUGUUGUUGGACCUGACGGUGAACCUAUGCAAACUGAUCAAUCAGGUCGUCCUGUCGAAGUUUAUGGAUCUGUCACGAGUGCUCCAAAAAUACUGCCAACUGAUGAAGCUGGUCGCAUCAUCCGCCCCAUUGUUGGGCCCGAUGGUAAACCACUGCCCACUGAUCAGUCUGGUGCACCGAUAGGCGCUUUUGGAAAACCAGUUCCGAGGGACAGGUACGGACGACCAGUCGGUCCGGACAGAAGGGUUUUGCCAACAGAUGAUGUCGGUAAUUAUGUGUAUCCUGCGAUCGGUCCAGAUGGUCAACCUUUACCAACUGAUGCUGCUGGAAGGUCAGUGUACCCUGUCGUUCAUCCGGACGGUUACCUUCUGCCUACAGCCGGAUCUGGAGCUGUCGUUGGCCCUGAUGGUAAACCGCUGCCGACGGACGAAUCGGGCAAGCCUGUAUCUGCGGACGGUUCCAUUUUCCCUACGGAUUCGUCUGGAAGGUUCUUGUUAAUCCCGGAGGAUGAAGGUGUUCUUACAAUUGGGCCGGAUGGUGAGCCCAUGUCUACUUCGCAUGCUGCUGACAGAGUUGGUGUCACAUCGCCAUAUUUUGUUAUCAUGCCAGAUGGCAAUCCUCUCCCUACUGAUUUCUCGAACAAUUACAUUGAUGAGGAUGGUGAGAAACUUAAUCAUGAUCAAUACGGUCGCCCAGUUGAUAGACGAGGAAGACCAUUGAGUAAAGAUGCAAAUGGAAAUUAUAUUUAUCCUGUGAUCGUUCAAAAGCGACCGGUAACUCAAAAACCCGUUUUCGAUCUUAUUAACAGUUAUGGACAUCCGUUACCCACCGAUUCGAAUGGGAAUUUCUUGAACGAAAGAGGUCGUCCUAUCCCCACAGAUUCUUCUGGAUAUCCUGCAAACGAUUCUCAACAUAUUUUUGAGAAAAAUGCGCAUGGACAAUUUGUUUACAAGCCGAGAGAUCUCCUCCGGGAGUUGCUUCCAGUCACUGUGGACAGCUUCACAACUAUGAAAAAAUCGCCUUACUGCACUGUCAAUUCCAAUGCUGACGUACUUCUGCUGUUAGAUGCAUCAGCUAACGUCAGAGUGGUGGAUUAUCGUAUCAUGAAAGAAUUCAUUGAAAACUUCCUUAUCGAUCAUUUCAAUUUACGUAAAAAUCGUGCACGCAUCGGCGUAAUCAAAUACGGCGAUAAGGUCGAAUUACCAAUUGCGCUGGGUGACUACGAUAAUCCAGCUCAGCUAAUGACGAAAAUCAGUGACACGAGACGUAUGCGUGGGUCAGCGCAUCUCGGAGCAGCAUUACGUGAUGCAGCCAGUGAAUUUCUGAUAUCUGGAACAACAGCAACAUCGAAAGUCGUUAUAGUGUUCUCGAACGGCAAAUCAAGUGACGAUCCGGCUGGUAAUGCGAGAGUGUUGCGUGAAGAUGUGGGCGCAUUGGUGUUUCUGGUGGAUGCCGGCGGUCAAGGCGAUCCACAACAGAAUAUCGCUGUUGUAGGUGAAUCUAAUCCACAACGUAUUAUAUCCCUGGAAGAAUGGCGAGGAUCAGAUUCUGAGUUAGUGGCUCCAUUCGCCGAUCAACUCUGUGAGGCAGAUGUAAUGUUCGUCAUGGAUUCGUCAGAAAAUUUCACGCCUGAGCAAUACACACAAUUGAAGGAAGGUUUAAGCACUCUGAUUGAUGAAUCGUUUGACCUCUCUCCAGAUGUUGUUCAAGUUGGAUUUGUUGAAUACAGAUUCAAACCAGAUUUUGCGAUUCAGGAUGAGCUUAACUGUGACAAAGCAUCAGUACCAGUGGCACUGGGUCACUACGAAGAUAAAGUGCAAUUACUGACCGAUAUUGCAAAUAGCGAACAACUGCUUGGCGAGGCAAUUAUGCUGAAGGGUUUGAAUGCUGCGCGUCAACAAUUUCUCCAACACGGCCGCGAGAAUGUACCACGCAUCCUGCUGCUAAUCACUAACGGUGUUAAUCGAGGAAAUGCAGCGAGUGCAGCAGAUGAUCUACGUGAUCGUUACAACGUUGAGCUGUUCAUAUUAGCAGUGAAUGCGAGCGGUGAUGGAAUAAAGAUGUUGAAUCGUUUAGCCGGUGAAUCAGCUAACCAAAAGGUGAUAUCGUUGGGAAGUGCUGAUAAAUUGCACGGUCCUGAGUUGGCCUACAUCGGCAGAACAUUAUGUGGUUUUGUUGAACCAGCAGCUGCAACUAUAAAGCCGGUAUUCACUGAACUACCUGACUCACACAAAACAACGAAACGUGAUGUUUCGAAGGCCAUCGAAAUCGGGAAAACAUUAUCAUAUAAUCCCGGCAAUGAGAGCAUUCUUGUGAUACAUUGUAGAAUGAUGUGGAAAGAUGUAUUUUUCCAACUUGUUGGGAAACGUAAGAAAUUUGUGGAUUGGGCGCCUGAAUGGGAUGCAAUUUUUGAAGAACUAGUUGAACUGUAUACUUCUAGUGAAGCGAUUUAUUAUAUCGAUGAAGAGCAAACAUCAGUUUCACCCGUGCAAACUCCCUAUCGAACGACUCAAGUCUUUGGACAAACGCCUCUUUGCAAAGAUGGAUUCCUUCGCCCUUAUCAAAUGACCGUUGUUGUCGACUCUACUGCUCGUUCUACACAAAAGGAUUUGAAUCUUGUGCUAGCACACAUUAUGAACUUCGUUGAAACGCGCUUCUCACCAGAAAGUGGUCGAAUGCAGCUGAAUUUGGUCACCGUUGAUAGUAGUGGUGUAACGUUGAGAGAACCAAACUUUGGUGUUGAUUCAAUUCAUGAAAAAUUCAGUUUGAUCAAACAAACAGAAGGUGAUGAGCUGUCAGCGAAACUUGGUCGUGGUAUCGAUGAAGCAGUGAUGUUAUCAACUCAGUUUGCAAUUAGUGGCGUUAAUGAAAUCAUUCUUCUGGUGAGCGCUGACGGAACAUCAAGAUUCGGUAUUCCCGAUAGUGGGACUCGGUGGUCCCUGAACACGUUUGAAGUUUCGAAGGACUCCGACCAUACUCCUUAUCAUCCUAUAGGCUCCCAACCUCGUGGAUCCGCGAAUAUUGCAAGUGAUGAUGCAAUAGCGUCCGCCGACUUUGCUCGAACUCGUUACCAUCCGAGUAUUAUCGCGAUUUCAAUCCGAACACCAGCCAAUGAACUUCUUAAAGAACUUGCUGGAGGAAGCCCAACUAGAGUGAUCCACUUCUCGGAAUGGUCUAUCGGUAAUGAACUGUUCGGUAGCUGGCUCGCUCAUGCGAUAUGUGACUAUGUGACAGCUUCAACUACCAAAAAGAUGGAUAUAUCACACGUAACUCCACCUCAUUCCAAACGAACAACUCUAACCACUGAAACUGGGUUAUUUCCAGUGAAACCACCGGUGAGUGAACCGACAAACAUUGAAGUAGUGCCUCUUUCGCCCAAUUCAUUCUCAGUUUCAUGGACAUGUUGUACGAAUAAUAAAGCGGAGUAUGUUAUCCUUCAUACACCGGACUCUUCGUUACCAAAAUGGCAGUGGCUUCAGAUCCCAGCGAAAUGUCGUGAUAGUUUUGGUAAAAAGAUAGACAAUUUGCCAACAGACACUUCUUAUACGGUUUGUGUAGAAACUCAACAAACGGCUGCAAAUCGGACUGCGCCUCUCAAUCUAAACAACUGCGACAGUGUACAUCUCAAUAAAGACACGACAGCACCACCUGAUUAUGAACCGAUUGAUGAGGUGACAUCACCUUGUCAGUGUCUUUGCACCGGUCGUGGGGAUGCUGUAAUUCAACCAUCAUGUGGUCAAAGUAUUCAACAAUUCCGUCCACUCUCAACUUUACCGCCUGCUACUGAGGGCGAAUGUCCAUGCAAAAUGCCGUCACAUAGUGGUCGUUGUCCAACCGGGUACUAUCUCAACGGAGCAAUGUGUUACGAUACAAACGAAUGUCAACAACAAAAUGGUGGCUGUUCACAUGGAUGUGUCAAUACUCCUGGCGAUUUCUAUUGUGCAUGUCCACACGGAAUGAUGCGAGAUCCAGUGAAUCCAAAGCAGUGCAUUAACGUUGCUGCUAGUUUCGAUAGGAUCGCUGAAUUAAUAGGACGUUAUUUGGGUGUUAACGCACAACAUAUGCAAAGCACUCAGCCAGCUGUAGCUGUCGCUAGCGGAGAGCCAAUUCAUUAUAAAACUAAUUGUGAGACAGGAUGGACCCGUGUUUCUUACUUUUUGCGAGUUCAAUCCGCUGGAUAA